AUGGGGCCAAACCCUGCGGCCGCGAAACAAGCGGAGAAGCUCCGGAUUGACGGUAACACUUACUUCAAGAAAGACCGUUUCGGUGCCGCCAUAGACGCUUACACCGAGGCGAUUACGCUGUGCCCUAAUGUUCCGAUUUACUGGUCGAAUCGCGCACUGUGCCAUCUCAAGCGCAAUGACUGGGAGAGAGUGGAGGAGGACUCUCGGAAGGCAAUUCAGUUGGACAGCAGUUCAGUUAAGGCCCACUAUAUGUUGGGGCUCGCAUUGCUACGGAGACAAGAAUCUGCCAAGGGAAUUAAAGAAUUGGAGAAGGCUUUGGAUCUCGGGAGAGGUGCCAAUCCCAAGGGCUAUAUGGUAGAAGAAAUAUGGCAAGAGCUUGCAAAGGCCAAAUACCAUGAGUGGGAGCUAUCAUCGGCCGAACGAUCGUGGGAAUUGCAGAGCUUGAAAGAAGCAUGCGAGUCUGCUCUGAAGGAAAGGCAUUUUCUCGAUUUCUCCCAAACGGAAGGAUUUGUAGAGGAAUCUACUACCAAUUUGGAACAAUUAGAGGCUUUAGAAGUUGUCUUCAAUAUAGCUGCAGAAGCUGACACACCUACUGAGGUGCCAGAUUACUUAUGCUGUAGAAUCACACUCGACAUUUUUCAUGAUCCUGUAAUCACUCCAAGUGGGCUUACAUAUGAGAGAGCAGUGAUUCUUGAGCACCUUCAGAAGGUGGGUAAAUUCGACCCAAUCACGCGGGAACCACUUGAUCAAUCACAAUUAGUGCCAAACUUGGCCAUUAAGGAAGCGGUUCAGGCAUUCUUGGACAAACAUGGGUGGGCUUACAAGGUAGACUAA